AUGGCAGACCUUCAUGUCGACCUGACGGCUCCCAAUGGCAGGAAAUACACUCAACCAACGGGUCUUUUCAUCAACAACGAAUGGGUGAAGAGCAGCGACGGCAAAAAGGUCACCUCCAUUAACCCCACCGAUGAAACCGAAAUCAUAUCCGUCUACGCCGCCAGCGCGGACGAUGUCGAUACCGCCGUAGUCGCCGCGCGCAAAGCCUUCAAGCACCCCUCAUGGCGGGACAUGUCCCCCACCGACCGCGGAAACCUGAUGAUCAAGCUCAGCGACCUGAUCGGCCAGCACACAGACACACUGGCCACGAUCGAGACGUGGGACAAUGGGAAGCCCUACGGCGACUCGAUCGGUGAUGUCCAGGAGGUGCAGGCGGUUUUCAAGUACUAUGGUGGGUAUGCGGACAAGAUCCACGGCCAGGUCAUCGAUACCGGAGCGAACAAGUUUGCAUACACGAUCAAAGAGCCCAUUGGCGUGUGUGGCCAGAUCAUCCCGUGGAAUUAUCCCCUGGCGAUGGCGGCGUGGAAGUUAGGCCCUGCGCUGUCAUGCGGGAAUACCGUUGUCAUCAAGGCUGCGGAGCAGACGCCGCUGAGUAUCUUAUACCUGGCAAACCUGAUUAAGGAGGCUGGCUUCCCACCUGGUGUGGUUAACAUCCUGAACGGGUAUGGAAGAGUAGCUGGCGCUGCUAUCGCGACGCAUAUGGAUAUUGAUAAAGUUGCGUUCACGGGUAGCACCACUACCGGAAAAGAGAUCAUGAAGAUGGCGGCUAUUAACAUGAAAAACAUUACGUUAGAGACUGGUGGAAAGAGUCCUCUGUUGGUAUUUGAUGAUGCAGAUUUGGAACAGGCUGUGAAAUGGGCCCAUGUUGGCAUCAUGUCCAACCAAGGUCAAAUCUGUACCGCCACCUCUCGUAUCCUCGUCCAAGAAACGAUCUACGACCGCUUCCUAGAAGCCUUCAAGAAGCAAAUCCAGGAUGUCUCCGUCGUCGGUGACCCCUUCGCCGAAACCACCUUCCAAGGGCCUCAAGUAACCAAAGCCCAACACGAGCGUAUCCUGGCAUACGUCAAAUCCGGCAAGGAAGAAGGCGCGACACUCGUCUCCGGCGGCGAAGCCUUCACCCAAGGCCCCACCACCAACAAAGGAUUCUUCGUCAAGCCGACCGUCUUCACGAACGUCAAGCCCAGCAUGCGCAUCUACCGCGAAGAGAUCUUCGGGCCCUUCGUCGUGAUCGCGAGCUUCAAGACGGAAGAGGACGCCCUCAACAUGGCCAACGACACGACGUACGGUCUCGGCAGCGCCGUCUUCACCCAGGAUAUCACGCGCGCCCACCGCGUCGCCAAGCGCAUCGAGGCCGGCAUGGUCUGGAUCAACAGCAGCAACGACUCCGACUACCGCAUUCCCUUCGGUGGCGUGAAGCAGAGCGGUAUCGGUCGGGAGCUGGGCGAGGCGGGAUUGGCGGGUUACACGCAGACUAAGGCGGUCCAUGUGAAUAUGGGAUUGAGGCUUUAG